CAAGCAAAACACAGAAUCAAAGGAAAGCGGGGGAGUUCGGGUCUAGGGUUUUCCUUCCUCCCUCUCAAGCCCGAAAAUCUCCUCUUCUUCGAAUCUUUGAGGUCUCUCUCAUGAGUCACCAUCUCUCCCUUAAUUAAAACCUCUACUUCCCUUCAUUCCUCUAUCUUAUUUAAGCUCUGUACAGAUUGUUGUGGCAGAUUGAAAGCUGGGAUUCUUGGUGGAACUUUUGUGGUGCCUUAUUGUUCAGGAAUUAAAUCGGUGGAAGGUUUCAGAUGCCGGAGGAAGACAUAGUGGAGCUGAAGUUCCGUCUUUACGAUGGAUCGGAUAUCGGGCCCUUCCGCUAUUCGCCGGCAUCUACUGUAGCCAUGCUUAAGGAGAGAAUUGUUUCGGAAUGGCCAAAAGAUAAGAAAUUUGCACCAAAGGCAGCAAAUGACAUCAAAUUAAUAAAUGCUGGGAAAAUUUUGGAAAACAACAAGACAGUUGGCCAAUGUAAAGUUCCUUUUGGUGAUCUACCAAGAGGAGUUAUCACCAUGCAUGUCGUGAUCCAGCCAUCUUAUGCAAAAGCAAAAACAGAGAAAAAGGUUGAUGAGCCUCCUAAAAAACACAUAUGUUCAUGUUCGAUAAUGUGAUUACUGAUUAGUGAGAAUACAUGGUCGUCCAGAGUUAAUCUGCUGAGAUUGCCUUAAAGUUGUGAUUGCUGGGAUCUCUCAGGCAAGUUCAUGGAAAUGCGUGGCUGGAAAGACAAUAAUAUGUAGUAUAGUCCCAACCCUCAUUCUUAGAUGUACGUUGGAGGGCAUUCCUGUAUAACAAUGCUUGUUUGUCUUGAUUUUCCUUCUGUUUUAUAAAAUUCGUGUUUGAUGCAUCUUUGAAGAGGCAAUCUUAAUUUUAGUUUACAUAAAAUAUGGGAGAUGCUCUUCCCCCCUCCUUUUCCUCUC